CGCAGAUAUAUUGUUCUUGAACACACCUCAAACUGAGCUGACAGUAAAUAUGGCGAUGUCCAUGAGGAGGGCAUUACUGCCUCUGCAUCGGAUGAGAUUCAGCAAUUUGAAGAAUGCAGAGGCUUCGCUGGAGGUACGGUAUCCCCUGCCCUUUGUUGUCCCGGUAAGGACCAAGAAGCGCUACUUCAUUCCCCCCGCAGUGGGGAUUAAAGGAAAGGCAGCAGCGUCUGCAGACCAGGAGGCCAAAGCCAGAGCGGCAGGUGUUGUCCUGAGGCAGGAGUACAUGGAGAGAGCCAUCAACAUCGCCUGCACUGCGGGAGUGUUUGACCCCUAUAUCCCCCCAGAAGGUGAUGCUCGUCUCUCCAGUCUGUCCAAAGAGGGUCUGAAACAGCGCACAGAGCAGAUCAAACAGGGUGCUGCCUCCCAGCUAGCGAUACGCAAGAUCAAAGAGCAUGACGCUGAGUUCACCACAAAGGCGUUCCCAGUGAAAGCUCAGGAGAUCUUCGUUGACGCGCACAACGCUCUCACACAGUUUAACAAGGAGAAACUUCACUCCCUUGUGACAGAAAGGUGUUACCCUGAGAUGGUGAGGGGGAACCGCUACAAGACGCUGCGGUGGCAUUUCGUGGAGUCCCUGGAGCCGCCCAAGGUGGUGCACGCCCGCUGCCCAGACAUGGUCAGCAAAGGCAACAUGUAUGGGCAGGUUACGGUGCGCAUGCACUCCAGACAGACCCUGGCUGUCUACGACCGCUUCGGCAGACUGAUGAUGGGGAGCGAAGAGGAGCCCAGGGAUGUGCUGGAGUACCUGGUUCUGGAGAGGCACCUCGUCAACCCAUACGGCAUGUGGAGGUUACAUGGCAAGAUAGUACCAGCCUGGGCCCCAGUGAAGGAACCCGUCGUCAAGACUGUUAUGAUCCCUGGCCCGGAGCUCAAGCCAGGCGAGGAAUUUGAGGGGCUCAACUAUGAAGUGCCCAAGCCUAAGGCUGUGCAGUGGCACAAAUAGACCACAGGUGGGAGCUGUAAUUCUGGGCCAGCACAUACGUUCACAUUUUUUUAAGAAACCAUGAAGCUACAUUUAGUUUUCUGCCUUUAUAUAAAAAAAAUACACUGUUUGUUACACCUUACACUUGUAUAUCUCAAACACUUCAAAUAAUCCAUAUUGUCCAGAUCUGUAGAGAUUGUAUGGUUUAUUUCAAUGGUGAAUAUAUUACAUGUUAAUUUAAAGAAUACAAAAAUAAAAUGUCCCAUCUCUUUUUUUCAUA